UUUUGAAUUUGAUUAUUAUAAUCGGGUAGAAGAAACAACGAAAGAGAGACGAAAACGAUAGUAGUUAUAUUUCAAAAGAUUGUUUGGUUACGUCAACUCGCUUUAGCGCCUUGCUUGUUUCCAGCCUGCUAUUGCUCUGUGAUUUUCUUCUUUAUAUUUUUACAUUUCUGAAAAGAAGCUAAGGGAAUCCAGGAACGGUAAUGGAUGGGCUUUGCUUGAAACCGGGGAUUCAUGGGAUGGCGCCGGCGAUCUCCGUGACUGGACCGGUGGAAUGUAGGGCUCACACGGCGCAAGUCAGCGCCGUGGCUCGGUCUUCGGUGGAUCAUAGAUCGGCAUCGACGUCGUCUUCGGCGGCGGUUCCUCCGCAGAAGACGGCUUUUUCCAGGUUCUCGUUUCGGUACCCUUUGAGAUCUUUGUGGUCCGUUGGUGGAGAUGGUAAUAAUAAGCGGUACAACGGGUUGGCCGUCGACGACGCCGUUUUGGUGGAGAAUAAUAACUUGGAGGCGACGAAAGUACACGAAGAAGACACGAAUGGUGGGACGACGGUGGAUGGGCGGAAUGAGAAUUGGGUUUUGAAGAUUUUGCACGUCAAGUCGUUGUGGAAAGAAAGCGAAGUAGAGGAAAGAAACAACGCCGACGAAGAAGAGGAGACCCAAGAAGAAAACAAUGGAAACGGCGUCGUCAAGGGUGAUGAAGAAAUCUGUGAAUUCUGCAGAGUUGAUGAUGAUGGUGAUGAUGGUGAUGAUGAUGGAAGUGAAGAAAAGGAGAUUGAAAUCGAUAAAGAUUCAUUUUCCAAGAUGCUACGAAGGGUGUCUUUAGCUGAAGCCAAGUUAUACGCUCAAUUGUCGUACCUUGGAAACUUGGCUUACGAGAUUCAAAAUAUUAAGCCUCAAAAUCUCCUAAAAGAUCGUGGUUUAAGAAUGGUUACUUCAUCAUUAGUGGAGAGAGAACUGGGAAUGAAAGUUGAGAAAAAUAAUGAGGAAAUUGGUUUGUCAUCUGAAAAUCCAACCUCGCAAAGUAAUGAGAAGGAUGAUGUAGAAGGACAAGAGAAGAAAAAUCUUGGUGCCCGGAUCAGUGCCUCUGCUGCGUAUCAGAUAGCUGCCUCUGCUGCUUCUUAUUUGCAUUCCCAUACGGUGGCCAUACUUCCUUUCAAGUCAUCAAAUCCUGAAAACAGUGAGGGCUCAUCUGAAGAUGGUACUUUAAGUGAUGGCAGUUCUGAUAUGAUAAUCUCCGAUGUGGCUUCUUUAGUGGCAACCACAGACUCUGUUACUGCCGUGGUUGCUGCUAAAGAAGAAGUGAAGCAGGCUGUCGCCGAUGAUUUGAACUCAACACAUUCAUCACCUUGCGAGUGGUUUAUAUGCGAUGAUGAUCAGAGUGCUACUAGGUUCUUUGUAAUUCAGGGAUCCGAGACUCUGGCAUCUUGGCAGGCAAAUCUACUUUUUGAACCUGUUCAAUUUGAGGGAUUUGAUAUUCUUGUGCAUAGAGGUAUAUAUGAAGCUGCAAAAGGAAUGUAUGAGAAAAUGUUGCCUCAAGUGCGUUCCCACUUAAAAUCACAUGGCAAGCAUGCAGCUUUCCGCUUCACUGGGCACUCCCUUGGUGGCAGCUUGUCACUAUUAAUAAAUCUCAUGUUGCUUAUAAGAGGUGAAGUGCCAGCUUCUUCCUUACUUCCUGUUGUAACCUUUGGUUCUCCAAGCAUAAUGUGUGGGGGUGACGGUCUUCUUCGCAAACUUGGCUUACCCCGAAGUCAUGUUCAGGCAGUCACAAUGCACAGAGACAUUGUUCCCCGAGCUUUCUCUUGCAAUUAUCCUAAUCAUGUUGCACAGCUUUUAAAGGCUAUUAAUGGAAAAUUUCGCCACCUUCCUUGUCUCAAAAAUCAGAAGCUAUUGUAUGCACCAAUGGGGCAAAUUAUGAUUUUACAACCGGACAAGAAAUUCUCUCCACAUCAUCAUCUCCUUCCUUCAGGAACCGGUCUAUAUUGUCUAUGUUGUCAAAUGUCAGGUAAUGAUAGUGAAGAAAAGCUGCUCCGGGCUGCACAGAGAGCUUUCUUUAACUCUCCACAUCCACUCGAGAUCUUAAGCGACCGUUCCGCAUACGGUUCUGAAGGAACAAUCCAAAGAGACCAUGACAUGAAUUCUUACUCAAAAUGUGUUCAAGGCGUGAUCCGUCAAGAGCAAAAUCGCAUCAGGAAGACAAGGAGAGAGCAGCGGCGCAAGGUCUGGUGGCCCCUCAUUUUACCCCGUGAAAUAAAUGCUGGUGGUAUCAUUCUUGGGAGGUCAAGAGCAACAAUGAAUGCAGGUCAGGAACAAUUCAACUUUGCCGGCGUUUUACACAUCGGAAGAGAGUCGUUGAAACGAUUUACCAGGCUUGUUGCAUCACAGCACAUGCACUUGCUUGUGGUUCUUCUGUUCCCUGCCAAGCUGUUACUCGUUGGUUCAUACAGUUUGAUCAGUCUUUAGCUGAUGCCAGCUUAUUUGGUAGGUCAUCUGACGUUCCCUCCUAGGAAGUUUAUACAGGUAGAUGCACAUGGCAUGCUAUAUUCUUUGUUCAUUGAUUUAGAAAAGGAUCCCUAAAAACGUUCAUUCUUUCUUCUGUCUUAUCUUCAUUCAAUCAUAUGGGAGUGUCAAAUAGAUUUAUUGAGAUAUAACAUUAUGUGUUCAUCUCUUUGGAA